AGGCCGUUAUUACACGCGCAUACAGGCUUAGUCGUGUUGUUUGAGGCCCCCGCCGACGAAGAGUGACGACGAGAGAGCGCGGGCAGAGAGCGCGGCGCCCAGUCAGUAGCUCCCGAGCACUUGUUGAGCCAAGAUGAAGGAACCGUGGAAGAAAUCGUGCAACGGCAAGGUGGUAAUAACCUUGAACAAUGACAAUUCUGAGAAAGCUGCAGGAGGUGCGGCAGCAGGAGCUGGACCAACGGAGGUUGAAGUGCCGGUUGACCUCGCAUGGGCCAGUCAUCGCAGUGAGAAAAGAUGUUCCGCUCCGAAAGCGGUGAUCCUCAUGGGUGUUCUCCUCGUUCUGGGUUUGACGAUUGUCACCCUGUUCAAGGUGCAGAAUUUAGUAUACUCAACGACCUACGUUAAUUGGCGUAUGCAGGAGCUGGAAUCCGCUGUUAACGAUAACAAUGACGAUGUCAAGCUCAUCAAGUACAAAUUGGACGAGUUCAUUUUAGAUGAGAAGAACGAUGAAAUAGCCUCGAUGAGAGGUGCAAGAGCUGAGCCCUUGGUCGCCACGAUUAAUUCGAAGAACGUCGAUAGUGAUGACUUGAAGUUGUCCGAAUCGCAGAAUCAAAAUCACAAGUUGACCAACUCAUUGAGCUCCGAGAAGAAAACUUCUGAAGGUGCUGGUAAAGGUCUCGAGGUUGAGACCAAAUCCGAGAACAAGUAUGCGAAGGAGCAAACUGACCUCAACGACGCCCCCAAUCAUCCUAACCCUGCUGAUCCCGAAGAAUGGAUCAAACCUCUGGUCGAAACUUUCGACAUCUUUGGUAACCAGCCAAUGGAAGAUCAAUUUAUCCAUAAUGUGCUGAUGAAGUUGUUAUCUCCAGAUAAUAACUUCGCAGUGUUGGAGUUUAACAAAAUGCAGGAUGCUAGCAACAAUGCUCCUCACGAAGCUGACAAUCAGAAGAUGGUCUUAAAUCCUGCGGUACGUCCGAAUGAGAGCGACAGGGAAAGGAUCAAUCGACCACUGCCUUUGCCCAUCGAAAGUAUCCUGAUGAAGAGUUUGUUACCGCCGAUCAGCAACUUCAAAGUGUUCCAUUUUAAUGAAAGACCUGAACAACAGCAACCACAGCAGAAUAGUAUGGAAGAAGAGAUGCCUCCGAAGAUGAGUUUGAGACUCAAGCAGAUGUUGCCACCACCCAUCAACGAUAUUUUCAAGACUCUGCUGCCACCCGGAAACAUGAAGAUCUUCCACUUGAACGACAACAAGCAAAUACCCGAGCAGAGUUCCGAGGAGGAUAUGCCAAAGAUCACCAUCCAGAGUGUCAAAGUGAGAUUGGUACCACUUCCUGAUGAAUUCGGCAAGGAGAUGCAGGAACCUCGUGAACAACCCAAUUUUGAGGUUAUCAGAUUAAACGAGUCACCUGAACCCAGCCAAGAAGUUGAAGCUCCUAAAAUGUCGAUGCCUAUCAACGCGUUCAAUCCAUUCCCCAUUCCAAUUCAUGAACUUAUGAAGUCCAUCCUACCUGGGUCACCAAAAAACAUUGAAAUUGUGCCGCUCACUAUGGAGAAACCUGAUGACCAGCAACAAGAUAGCGAUAGUCAACAACAAGAGAAGUUCAAUCCUCUGCCUAUUCCACUUCAGGACCUCGUUAUGAAGACUCUGUUGCCUCAACAACAAUCACCACAACAACAAGAAUCCAACGAAGGUGAUGUUGAGAUUACCAAGAUUCCAGUUCGUGCGAUUCACCCAUUCCCCAUUCCUGAAACUCUGAUGAAGUCUAUGCUCCCGGUGAGCAAUUACGGUGGUGAACCCAUGCACAUGAUUAACGUAGCUGAACAACAACCACCCCAAACACAACAACAACAGCAACAGCAACAGCAGCAGCAACAUCAACAACAAGAGGAAGUUCGUCAGCGCAGUACCAAGCUCAAUCCUGUUGAAGAGAAUUGGAAUAUGUCGCCACCAGCCGAGCCUACCCAGAAUUAAUGUUGACGUUGAUUAACUGGGGCUACGAAUAAUAAUUGACAACAAAGAGUAUUUUUUUUUUCUAAUGAGCAUUUUCCUUUAAAAUAAGCGGGAGACGAAAAUGAUAACUUAAUUUGUGAUAUGUGCUAUUACUGUUAGUUAAUUUGUAUUUAUCGGAAUGGAAUAAUCGCGGUUUAUAAUCUGUAUAUCGAUCGAUUCAGACUCCCUCUUCCUCUCAUGCGUCUUUCUUUGCUCUUCGUAUUUAUGUAUAUUCCAUUCACGAUGUAAAGUGAAAACAUUGUCGAUGAGGAGGGGAGCACGUUAUCAAAUUUUUUUUUUCUGUUUUACUGUGAAAAGAGUGAUAUAUAUUUUUUCCCUUUCGUAUUAAUACUAUUUUUUCUUUCUUUUUGAGUCAAUUGGGCAUUUCUUUACGUGUGAAACUCAUUUUUUAAAACCAAUAAAUCAUAUUUUUCGAUCUAAAUUUUGACUGUCUUUCUUUUCCUUAUAUUUUAUGCCAAGUUUUUUUUUUUAUUACGCUUGCUUGAGGAACGCGAUUGCUGGCUCGUUAUAUUACGAUGACUCACGUAGCGCGCAAAAAUAUCGCAAUUUCAAGUUUAAAGAAACAAGAAUAAUCCUAAUAGGUUUGAGCUUGAAGGACUCCCAGAGCAAUCGCAAUCGCUGAAACUUCCAAAACGUUAUGUUUUUUUUUAUUAUUUAAAAUUAGUUUUAAACUGGAGGUUUAUAUUAUACGUUAAAAAUAGUCACAUUCUUCGGUACACGUCCUUUCAGAAAAAUUGAAUUGUGCUUACACCUUUGUUUUGAUGAUUAAGAAUCGUGAUUGUCGUGUUAUUAAAUUUUGAUGAGUCAGCCAAUAAAUAACGGCCGCGAGUUUGUAAAAAAAUAAAAUAAAAAUGUCACGGACAAUCAGGGUAUGUGGGAUUAAAAGUUGAUCAUGUAAGCAAAUUUUUAUUAACAUUAUGGAAAUCAUUUCCCCAUCAAGUGGAUAACUCAUGCACAACUGAUAGAGUUAAUGCAUCAUUAAACUUAUCAAGCAUACCUUUCAGCAAAUCCAUGCUUUCUACACUUUCAAACUAUCUUUUCACUUGAAUUCGAAAACGAGAGAUCGUUAAUGUAACUUUCAUAAUCAAAAUUAAACGUGAUCUUUUUGUUAACAUAAUAUACGUAUCGAUAAGACAUGACCAAUUGAUAAGGUAUCUCUUUGGAAAAUCAGUUGUUUUAUUGCAACUUGGAUGAGUGAAACAGAGUACACACGGCAGCAUAGUAUUUAUGCUUUCGAGUGUCGAAACUGAGUGCUUGGAAGAGCUAUGGCGGCGCAAUCAAGAAUUGGGGAGUCUUACAUUUCAACGACGUUGACGUCAAGUUGCUUAACAUUUUUUCCUCGGUAAGCUGUAUAUGUGUACGCUGGUCACCGGCGAAUGCAGUUCAGUGUAAAUUGCGUUUCGUAAUGUUGACUCGUGCAGUUCGCAUUUGAAUGUUAAAAUGCCUUUUUGUCCUUCGGAUGAUGAUAAAAAAAUGUGCGGGAGAGAACAUUCAGAAUGUUGUUGUUGUUCUUGCUCGCUCUUUUCUAUGCUCUUUAUCGAGUAUCGUAAAAUAAGAAAUGCAGUGAUAAAAUAACAAAAUAGCUCUUGUAAAAAUGAGGCGCAUCAGCUUUGAAUUUUUCAUGUCGGGAAUAUAUAUUUUUAAAAAUUCAUGAAACUCGCGUUCGAUAACAAGUAGUCUCUCAAACUUGUUGACUCAAGUGUCGUGAAAUCAGGUUUAGAAAUGUGUUCAUAGACAUAAACGAUAAAAAGCCAUGACGAAAUUGUAAAACGUUUUAGAGCUAGAAAUACAUUUCUCUUAAAAAAAAAAGAGUUGAAAAAUAAAACACAACUU